GAAGUACUUUUUCACACAAUGCAUAAUCAGCUUGUGGAAUUCUCUGCCACAAGAUGUGGUGACAGCCAACAACCUGAGUGGCUUGAAGAGGGGUUUGGAUAACUUCAUGGAGGAGAGGUCUAUCGUUGGCUACUAGUUGGAGGGCUAUAGGCCACCUCCAGCCUCAAAGGCAGGAUGCCUCUGAGUACCAGUUGCAGAGGGGCGACGCAUGAUGGCACAUCCUAGCACGCUGACCAUUGGAGCUGCUGGAAGCAGACGCUGUCCGUCUGGGCAGGCAAUCUGCCCGCCCAGGAAAGCCAAGACGAUCGUCUGCAGGGAAGGAGAUGGAUAAAGAAUUCCAGUUCCUCUUGUGCGAGGGAUGCCAGAAGGAAGUCAAGUGCCCCAAGCUCAUCUCCUGCCUCCACAACCUCUGUGCCGAAUGCCUCGAGUCAAUAAGUUCCUGCCCCAUAUGUGAGACCCCACACUCCCAAAAUGCAGAGACCCCCGCCCAGGACAACUGGCUCUUUGCAAAUCUUCAGGCCAAGCUAAGCAUCUACCGGAGGAUCACCAGUGGCCAAGACUUGAUGUGUGACAACUGUAAGAAGGAGGCGAGCUUUUGGUGUUCUGACUGUGAAGAGUUCCUUUGCAGCUCGUGUUUUGAAUUCCACCAGAGAUACCUGAAGAGGGAGAGCCAUGAAGCUAAAGCACUCAAGGAUCUCAGGGCUGAGUCUCUUAAUGAAUGCCUUGCAGGGAUCAGGAAGCUCAGCAUCAUGUUCUGCUCCAAAGGGAGCCACAAUAACCAAAUUCUAAGUAUCUACUGCCCAGAUUGCAGGAAGUGCAUGUGUUGCACCUGUGCCCUGUUGGACAGCAAACACAGUGGGCAACACUGUGACAUCCAAAGCGAGAUCCAACGCAGAAAGAAUGAGCUUCAGAGUAUGAGCACGGAGCUGAAGGAGAAGAAGAGCAGCUACGAGGAAACUCAUGGCAGCCUCCAACAACUGGUGGAAAGCAUGGAGGAGGUGAGGAACGAAACUGCCAAGCAGAUCCAGCAGAAGGUUGAGGAGAUGGUGCGGGUGGUGCAGGAGAAGGGGAAGAAGCUGCUGGCCGAAGUGGAAGAUCAGCACCGCCAGCAAGUCCAAAAUGUAGAGGAGAAGCUGCAGCACCUGGAAGGGGUGCUCCAGAGGAUGGCCUCCAGCGAGCGGAUGGUGGAGAAGAUGCGUCUCUAUGCCUCCGACCAGGAGGUGAUGGACAUGCACCUCUUCAUCAAGGAGUCCCUGAAGGAGCUCCAAAAGAAACAGCUGCCCGCCAUCAAUUUCCAGAUCCAGAUCCAGAAUUUUGCUGAGGUCAAAACGCAACUCCAGGCUUUGUUCGAGAGAGUGACGAAAGAUAAGGAAGCUGUCCCAGAUAGAUCUGAAGAAGCCUCCAAGCAGGUUGGUAGAAUAAAGAUUAGCAACAUAGUAGGUAACUGUGUGACCCGCAUACUUAAGAAACACUCAGUCAACUCACCGGCAAAGAGAAAAAUGCAAGAGGGUACAGCUGUUCAGACCCUUCCAAAAGUGUUCAAAACUGAUCCUGGUGACAGUGAAGGGAAGAAAUCAGCCAGCCAGGCGAGCUGCAGUCCUCUUGAACAGCCAGGGACCAGUGCUGCAUCUGCAUCAGCACGUAGCUCAGGAGAAGUCACUGGUGACAAUGCACAAGGCAGUCCCAUUCAUUUCUCGCAGUCAUUGGAAUCAGAUGACCCCAUAUGUUUGGGCAGCUGCUCUGACGAGGAAGACAGCAAUGACGAAUCUGCGGGCUCCAGCUUCCUAGAGGGAACCGAGAACUGGCUGGAAGAACUCAACACACCCGAGGAGCUGGACUCGGAGAAUGGGGACUUGGUGUUCUUUGACGUGAAACUUCUAUCAGAAAUCAUUCAUCUGGUGGCUUUUUCAGGCACAAGUUGCUUCUCCAUCAAGUUUCAAGAAGAUAUGAAAAAUAACUUUUGUGAGAUUGGUCUGGAGGACUUCCUUCAACACCUCCAGUUCUUCCAGAAGCCCAUUCUAGUGGGCUACGACCUCUGGUCCAUGGACCUCCCAGCCUUGGUCAAUGCCUUGGAAGCCGUCAACAAGGGGGAAUUUUUUGAAGCGUCCAUUUGUGGUUUCCUAGAUGCCCUGCCUCUUAUUAAAGAGAAACAUCCUAAGAUCCCCAGCUAUAAGCUGGAGCAUUUAGCCAACAACUACUUGGGGAGGGAUUGGGGUGCCACCCAUGCUAGAGAGUGUGCCGAGACUGUGAAGCACCUGUGCGAUGUCCUGGAUGUUUUCUCUCCACCCACGGAGAGAAAACCUGUGAUCUUGUAUUCUAGCCUGCGAUGCUACGCUUCCCUCCAGCCCCUCCUGAGAAUGAAACUCCUCUCCAGGCCCUCUCUGCAGACUUUGGCCCUACAGAAUGUCAGCCUUUCCACCUUACAGUCUGUGUACCACGAGGACCCAGAAAAUGGCCUUAAAAAAUUGUGCCGGUACCUGAAGUCCAGGUGCAGGAGCCCUGAGAAGAGAAUCCUGAAGCUGAGUAAGAUUCGGAUCUAUUUCCAAACUCCUUCAUCAGCAGCUCGGUGUCCAUCGCCUGCAGCAACACACUGAAGUCUAGCUGCAACCCCAUGGGGGUGAGACCAUCUACAGCCGGCAAAGCCACUUACCAGGGCAGUUCACGUGAUCAUAAUUGGGAUAGGAGAAGCCCCCUCCAUUAAUGCAGGAUCUGUGCUUGCUCCCAAUAUAGGAUCCUCUGUCUUUUAAAAACAAUGUCGGAGGUGCUGGCUGUGGCCAUGUGCUGAGCAGUAGCUCCAUCGGAGGGCUCCCUUUUUCUAGGGGUGUGCAUGAGCAGUUCAUCUCGAACUGAUUCGCUUCGAACCGGGCCCGGUUCGAAGGUUCAACCAUGGACCCAACUGGGGGGAAAGCCGGUUGGGAUUUGAGCAGGACUGGCCAAACCAUGCUGGCCCCUCUGAGUGAUGGCCACACCCCUGGGCAUGAUGUCUUGCAGGGGGUGUUGCAGGUGUGUGCGAGGGUCUGCCACAGAGAGGGGCGAACACGAGCCCCCUCUCCCCUAGUUAGACAGCUGUUUUCACCCACAGACACUCUGCAAAUGGGAUUGCCUACUCUAAUUAUGAUCAUAUGAACAAGCCUACCAUCUUCCUGAGAAAAGCUUCUUCCUUACAAUGGCUGGCCCAUAGAUGGGGGACCAAAUGCCAGUUGCAUCAGAUUGAGUUGGCCGAUGGAAGGGCCAUUGUGGCCCUUGGACUGCUCAGGCAUAGCUAUGGUCCAUGGACCAGAGCAGCUGCUGUUGGACUACAACUCCCAUAAUCCCUGAUUAUUGGCCACUGUAGCUGGGGAUGAUGGGAGUUGCAGUUGAACAACAGCUGGCAGGCCAAAGUUGUACUGCCCUAUAUGAGUUACUAUAUAGUUCUAUUUUAGUUCCAAAAGUUCAGGACUUCUGUUCAUCAUCAGGGUAAAUUGUAAAUUUUGGAUCCAGGUGGAGAUGUGUCCAAACACGGUGGUAUACGUUCAUGAGACUUUGGAAUGCUCUCCCGGUGGGCAUCCACUCCCCAGUCUCCAUCAUCGUUUUUAGAAAGCAAUUUUCAUCAUUGAAAAUUGUAAAUUUUGUAUCCAGGUUGAGAUGUGUCCAAACAUGGCAGUAUACUUUCAGGAGACUUUGGAAUGCCUCCGGUUCCCAGUCUCCAUCACAAUUUUUAGAAAGCAAGUAAAAUCUCAGCUUAGGAACAUAGGAAGCUGCCAUAUACUGAGUCAGACCAUUGGUCUAUCUUUCUCAGUAUUGUCUUCACAGACUGGCAGAAGCUUCUCCAAGGUUGCAGGCAGGAGUUCCUCUCAGCCCUAUCUUGAAGAUGCUGCCAGGGAGGGAACUUGGAACCUAGAUACUCUUCCCAGAGCGGCUCCAUCCCCUGAAGGGAAUCUCUUCCAGUGCUCACACAUCAAGUCUCCCAUUCAUAUGCAACCAAGGCAGACCCUGCUUAGCUAAGGGGACAAGUCAUGCUUGCUACCACAAGACCAGCUCUGCUCUCCUUUUUACCCAGGCUUUUAAAGGAGUGUUAUGUUUGCUGCUGCUUUAUAUCUUAUGGUUAUAUUGUACAUGUUUUAAAACUUUGAAUUAGAUUUGUAUUUUUAUAUUCAGUUUGAAUUCUCAUUGUGUCGGUUUUUAAUGGUUUUAUUCCAUUUUAAUUCUUAUUGUGUCAUGUUUCUAUGGUUUUAUGUUGUUUUUCAAUGUUUUGUCAACCGCCUUGAGAUUAUUUUUAAUGCAAGGCGGUAUAAAAACUUAACAAUAAAUAAAUAA